GUUGCAACUGUUUUGAACAGAUACAACUGAAUGGCUCGUUGCUUUGUCACCGUAAAAUAAAAUAAGUACAAGUGUAACAUAGUCAAAUACAUAUAUUGAGAUUCCAUUUUUGCAAAUUGUUUGCUUGUCCGCUUUUCAAGGGGUGAUACAACUUCCGUUAUCAUUUAGCUGUAAAAAAAAAAUCAAAAAAGAAAUUAUGUUAGUAUUUGUCAAGUUUCAAAAAGCCCCUGCAACAUAUCGAAGACAGACAUAAGGUCAGUUCUAAUCCAAUAUAAAAAUGAAGGAGGUUUCAGUACGUUCCGGUGUAUUUUGUAUGAAAAUGAAACCACGUGAUCGCACCGGUUCGCGUCAUAUCCGGAAGUGAAACGGCGAUGUUUUGGUUCUGGUCGUGAAUGAAAUUACGUGUUUUUUUCUGGUGAAACGGAUCAAUCAAUACAGCGCCUUGUCGCCAUGGAAACCGACUUCCAGUACCGAGCCUGAUAUGCUGAGUGUCUCCUGCUACUCAACGCUUGAGGGCGAGAAUUUGAAGCAUGGCUGGGAUUUUUGGAGCGAGAGUGGUGCUACUCAGCUUGCGGACCACCCUCCAGAGAGCCGGGACCUUCGCCAGAACCAGGCUGCCAGCGAACCCUGGAGCAGGUCUCCUGAGGAGACAGUGCACGCUUGUCCCUCGAGUGACCCUCCUCUGUUGGGGGGCAGUGAACGCAUCACCCUCCUCAUGGACUGCCAGCUGUCACCAAGGUCACCGACUUCAGACUGCGGACCGGAAGUCCCUCCUCAAGGUCCAAGUCCAUAAGUUGGUCUUCCUGCUUGGCCUCAGCCUCCGGGCCUUGGUGCUGCUCCUGAAGUUUGGACCGCUGCUCCUCCUCUCCCCGCUCGCCCUGCUCUCCUCCACCUGCGCCUCCCUCUGGCUGGACGCUCUGCUCUGGGUGACCGAGACCUCUGGUCCCACCUUCAUCAAGCUGGGUCAGUGGGCCAGCACCAGACGGGACAUCUUCCCCCUGGAGUUCUGCGAGCGCUUCUCCAGGCUUCACGUUCAGGUGCGUCCUCAUUCCUGGAGUCACACCAAGCAGUGUCUGCGCCGGGCCUUCGGAGACAACUGGAGGAAGGUGCUGCUGUUCCAGAGCAAGGAGCCGGUGGGUUCUGGCUGCGUGGCUCAGGUGUACCGGGGCUGGGCCCGGGCAGAUCAGGUGGAGGAUCCUGCCUUCCAGCUGCUGGUGGAGGAGAUGGAAAGGGAGGACCUGAGGGAGGCGUGGGAGAUCCCUGGACUGAGGGGAGUGAUCGGCUCCAUACAGAAGCUCUGGAGAGGGAGUCAGGAGGAGGAGGAGGAGAGUGUGGGACAGGAGGAGCCAGAGUCAGGACACCUGAUCCCAGUGGCCAUCAAGGUCAUCCACCCCGGGAUCAGGAGGCAAGUGGAGAUGGACCUGAUGGUGAUGAAGGCCGGGAGCUGGAUCCUGCACCGGCUCCCUGGACUUCAGUGGCUCAGCCUGUACGAGAUCGUGCAGGAGUUUGAGAAGCUCAUGACCCGACAGAUCGAUCUUCGCUUUGAGGCUCAGAACAUGGAGCGCUUCCGGAAUAACUUCCGCCACGUGGAUUACGUGAAGUUCCCGACGCCGCUGCGCCCGUUCGUCACCAGGACAGUGUUGGUGGAGACCUUUGAGGAGAGCGAGCCCAUCUCCAGCUACCUGCAGUCCAACAUUCCUCAGGAGGUGAAGCAGCGGAUCGCCAGGAUGGGAGUGGACACGCUGCUGAAGAUGGUCUUUGAGGACAACUUUGUCCACGGGGAUCUGCACCCUGGGAACAUCCUGGUCCAAAGCUGUGGCGAUGGUGACGCAGCAUCCGCUGGAGGGAAAACGACCCUCACUGACCUGUGGGACACGGUGGUGGUCAGCAUCAGGCCCGAGCCCAGUCCUCUGCAGCUGGUGCUGCUGGACGCUGGCAUCGUGGCGCAGCUCAGCAACCGUGACCUCCAGAACUUCCGAGACGUCUUCACCGCUGUGGUGCUGCGGCAGGGUGAACGAGUGGCCGACCUGAUUCUGCAUCACGCUCGAGCCAACGAGUGCAAAGACGUGGCGCUCUUCAAGAAGGAGAUGUCCCGGCUGGUGGACGACGCCGUCAGCAACACGCUCUCGCUCGGGAAGGUCCAGGUGGCCGAGCUGCUCUCCAGAGUCUUCGGUCUCCUCAUCAAACACAAGGUGAAGCUGGAGAGCAACUUUGCCUCCAUCGUGUUUGCCAUCAUGGUCCUGGAGGGUCUUGGUCGCUCCCUGGACCCCAACCUGGACAUCCUGCAGCUGGCCAAGCCCAUGCUGCUGAGGAACUGUGCCUCGCUGCUCUGACUCCAACCACCCGGCGCCACCGUCCUCUCCUGACUUUUGUUUACAUUGUCCCAACCAGUUACCUCAUGUGACAUCAGCACAUCACAUCCAUCGGACCCCUGUCUUUAGCACAGCAAGUGAACUAAACACCUCAGACACACACGCACACACAGAUGAGGAGGAAGAUGAAUCAAGGUGAACGUGCAUUAACUUGUAUGUGAAAAUACUAAUAAAGAAUAAGUGAAACGAUCAUUUUAAAAUGUUGUGACACUUA